GGACAUGUGGUAAUACCGUCAAAUAUGAAAACCAGGAAGCCAAACCGCCAACAGAUUCUACUGAAUAACUCAUAUUUUGGUCAAAUUCAUUCUAGUGCGUACACUUUGGAGUUUGGAUAACACACACCUCUCCAUGGUUCAUCGUCCAAUAAUAUAAAAAAGCGUUUAUACACUCUAAUUAGAAAAUAAUAAUUUCACUAGAGUCAGCUGAUAGUAGUAGCUUCAACAUAAUUAGUCAAAACACAAGAGAAGUGAAAGUAGCGGUGUCAUCACUCCCAAUCUUUCCUAAAUCAAGCACGAAGCAGUAAUGGCAGAAGAGGCAGAGAACGAACGGAGGGUUCUGGUAGCAGUGGACGAAGGCGAUGAGAGCAUGUAUGCCCUCUCAUGGUGCCUCAACAACCUCGUCUUCCAAAAUUCCAAAAAUAACCUUAUCCUUCUCUAUGUAAACCCACCACGUGGCGGUUAUAUGCCCUUUGAAACCGCAGCCGCACUAGAUGAUCCUGAAAUUCAUCCAGCAAAUCUGUAUUCGCCGGAAAUAACGGCAGCCAUGGAAAGAUAUAGCCAAGAAGUGGCAGAUUGCGUGUUAGCGAAAGCCAAGAAAUUGUGUAAAGAUAUCCAACACGUUAAGGUGGAGACGAGAGUAGAGGAUGGCGAUCCAAGGGACGUGAUUUGUGAGAUGGCUGAAAAGUUGGGUGCUCAUUUAAAAUUUUUUUUAAUAUAUUUUGUAAUUUGUGUAAUAGUAAGUUGUGUUUUGGUUUUGGAACUGAACUAUAGGACUUUUCUUGGAAGUGUGAGUAGUCACUGCGCACAGAACGUUAAGUGCCCAGUUCUCAUAGUCAAGAAGCCAAAAUCAAUUGCUGAUGCUGGAGACGAAACAUAUCAAUCGGAAUAAGUGGUCGUCAUUUUCAUCAUUUCUGUUAUAUAUAAAUCGAUUUUGUCGCUUAUGUAUCUCUUAGGUAUGUGUACUUGUUGCUCCUUGACCGUACCUGCUUCUUCAGGGAAUCUCAUGUUGUGAUGCCUCGGGGAUUAAUCAUUGGUAUUUCUAGGACAAAUACAUAGGUUCUCUUUUUUCUAUGGGAUAAACUCACGUAAAUUCAACUAAAAAUGGCUAGUUAUUUUCUUGUUUUCACGUGAA